AAUACACAAAUUCUAUAGAACAGUCGAAUAAAAGCUAUUUAUUGCGGAAGUAAUGGCUUCCUAAAUUUUAAUUGCAGUUUAUGUUUUGUCUAAGGUAAUUAAUGAAUAGAAAAAGCGAGUGAGUGAUGUUUUUAAAGUUAAACAAGUCUUGAGGGUGUACAUUGAAGUCCUCCGGCUUAUUUCUGUGCAUAUUUGAUGCCGCGUCCCAUGGCUUAGUUACAAAGAAAUAUCCUCAGAAAAGGAUUUAUUUGCACGAAAUGAUGGCAUUUCUGAUUAGGAACUAUGCGGUCUAUAUCUGAUCACACGAAAACAAAACCAGUUUAUUUCUGUAUGAAUAUCUUCUACAUCUAUGAUGAAAUGUGACGGCUUGAGGUGGUGAAUAUGUAACUGAGUGGGAUUUUUAUUGCAAAAAGAAGAACCUCACGAGCAUGGAAGAUUUCGUGGACAAGAAAUCUGUAAAAAGUAAGAUGAGGGCGACAGUGGAAGACGAGGAGGUGUCGGAUGACAGCUUGGUAGAUAGUGAGGACGAUGAUGAGACCAUCGCGAGGAUACAGCGGGCGCAUUUUGCGCAGGCGGCGGCGAUGAGCUCCCGUCGGCGCUCCGCCCCGCGUGCCCGCCCCAUGAGUGCUAAACGAAAAAUGGAAGCAGUCAAAGACUUCCAUGAUUUCACAAAGAAACUGAAGAAAGAAGCAGGUAUCACAAUUCGCGGGUUAGUUGGUAAUAAUAUAUUAGAACUCAGUGAUUUUUCAAGUGAGGAUAGUAAAUCGGAUAGUGAUGGUUUAUCGGAGGAGGAAUUUGUGGUAAAUCCAACAGCGGUACAGGAAUUGAAUGAAGAGAAUGAGAGUUAUAUUGACCCUGAGACUGGGGAUAUUGUUGAGGCAAAGAAAGAGGGCCAGAAGUCUGUUAGGAGCUUAAGUCCAUCUCCUAAGCCAGAACCUGAGGCUGAGCCAUCCGAGGCACCAAAAACACUUUCUAUUAGUGAUAUUAUAAAUGAUGGAGACUUAGACUUAUCCAAGAAUGUGGAAAUAGCAGAAGUGGAUGAGGGUGAAUUGUGUACCGAAAAGACAGCAGAAGAGUUGUUAGAUAUCAAACAAGAGGAGAACAGUCAGGACUUUGACAUAGCAGAAAAACUUAAAGAAAUGGAUGAGAUUAGUGUGAAACCUGUGAAGAAAGAGGAUGAGGAAGGUGAAGACUCAAAGGAUGAGGAAAAGAAAACUGAUUCUGAACAAGAGAAAAAAGGCAGUACAAAUGCAUUAAAUGUGCGACGAAAUAUCAGAGAGGUCAUGGAUGAGAAAAACCUGGAUGCUUCCACCCUAACUGCACAACGGCAGGAGUCUGAGCGUUUGGCCAGAGUCCAGGAGCAACAAAGGAUUAUAAGAGAAGUACAAAGGCAAAUAGCACUAAAUAGACAAAACAAAAUUCAUCAGAAAACACUGUCGCUUCUACAAGGUGGAUCAUCAAUAUUGAAACAAUCCUCUAAUAAACUCAAUUUGCCAAACACAGUAUUAGUGAAGUUGCCAUCGGGGGAGACUAAAAGGACAACUCUAAAACAAGGUCAAGUGGAGGUCACAAAGAUUCCAAAACCUACGCCAUCUGGGUCUGCUCCCAAAUCGGAAAAGCCUGACCAGAAGACUGACAAGAAAGAGGUUGUAGAAAUAGUGUCGAGCAGCAGCGGCGAUGAAUCUUCUUCGUCAACAUCAGAUUCUGACGAUUGUAUUAUGCUCUCCGAUUCUGAAGUACCACCCAGUCCUGAAGCCGAAGAUGACCCCAAUAAUUCUGGUCUCCACGUGAACGACGCCUACAACAUUCCUGACGAACAAGGCAGAGUUUUGAUCAACAUUGGUCAUCCCGAAAGCGAGGAGGACAUCUUCCUAGCACCCCAGAUAGCAAGAAUUAUCAAACCACAUCAGAUUGGUGGUGUAAGAUUCCUAUUCGACAACAUAAUAGAAUCCGUAGAGAGGUUCUCAACGUCAACCGGAUUUGGGUGCAUUCUGGCACACUCUAUGGGACUCGGGAAGACCUUGCAAAUCGUCUGUUUCUGCGAUAUCUUCCUGCGACAUACCUCCUCGAAGACUGUGCUUUGUAUAAUGCCUAUUAAUACGCUUCAGAAUUGGGUGGCGGAGUUCAACAUGUGGCUGCCACUGGAUGCAACUAACAGUCCCAUCGCUGGCCAAGGAGAAGUGAGACCACGCCAAUUCCCCAUCUACGUGUUGAACGACAGCCAUAAGACAUUACAAAUGCGUGCUAAAGUCGUCAAGGAUUGGAGCACGACAGGCGGCGUUCUAAUGAUAGGUUAUGAGUUGUACCGUCUGCUCAGUAUGAAAAAGGACAAGAAGCCUCGUAAGAAGCGAAAAGACGCCAAGUCCGAGGUCGACAAGGAAAAAGAAAAAGAGAAGGAAGAGAAGAAACCAGAUGUUAAUGAAGAUACACAGAGUUCCGAUAACACAAAGAUGUCUGAAGAGUUUAAGGCAGAUAAAGAAGAACCGGGGACUAAACUGGACGCCGAAAUCAGAGAAGAAAAGAAAGAGGACAAAAAAGAAGACACUCCUAAUGACGAAGAGAAGAAACUUUUAGAUGAAAUGUACGAGGCACUCGUACGGCCUGGUCCAGACUUGGUAAUCUGCGAUGAAGGUCAUCGGAUCAAGAACUCUCACUCCAACAUCUCGUACGCUUUAAAACAAAUGAGGACUAAACGUCGUGUUGUCCUUACUGGUUACCCCCUCCAGAACAAUUUGCUAGAGUAUUGGUGUAUGGUAGACUUCGUGCGACCAAACUACCUCGGCAGCAAGACCGAGUUCUGCAACAUGUUCGAAAGGCCCAUUCAGAACGGACAGUGUAUCGACUCUACACCUCAAGACAUAAGGCUCAUGAGAUAUAGAGCUCAUGUUUUGCAUUCAUUGCUUGUUGGUUUUGUUCAGAGGAGAUCACACGCAGUACUCCAGUCGACGUUGCCGCAAAAAGAAGAAUACGUUCUCCUUGUCCGUAUGACUCCACUACAGCGUAAGCUCUACGAUCGCUUUAUGAAUGAAGUUGUUCGUUGCACUUCAGUACCGAACCCGCUCAAAGCUUUCGCCAUUUGCUGCAAGAUAUGGAAUCAUCCGGACGUUCUUUAUAACUUUUUGAAGAAGCGCAGUGAAGCCAAUGCAGCGAUCGAAGAAGACUUGGACUUGGAAGAGUUGAGGGGUGUUACUAAGGCCGGCCGCGCUAGGGCGAACAAGGCGCAACCACGAAGGGGUGCAGCUAAACCUCGGGGCGCGCCGAAGAAGCCAGCCGCUACUAUUCCGCCUAAUACCACCACUGGUUCAGGAAAUUCUCGCCAAGAUCCUGCCUACGGAAACGCGCCGUACCCACCGAAUGCACAAUACGGUCACUCUUCAAAUUAUCCACCCUACCCUAAUUACCAGCAGCCUCCAGGUUACUAUCCUCCUAAUCAAGGCUACAAUCAAAACUAUGACCCAAACUACUAUCAACAACAAACGUCCUACGGAAACAAUUAUCCAAAUCAAUAUCCACAAAAUAAUUCAGAGUGGAACCAAGGAUAUAAUCAGAAUAAUUGGAGUAAUACACAAGGUAACUAUUACGGCAAUUCGGGGUACUACAAUAAUUCACAAUACGCAAACGGGUCGCCAUCGCAGGGACCAGGUCCUUCACAAGAGUACAGAGGCAACCCUCCUGCUGAGUAUAACAGCUCUCAGCCGUUUCCGCCACAAUACAACGCUCCAGCUAAUGAUACUGCUUAUGCUAAUAACGCGAUGCAGCCGUAUUCCAGCACUCAGAAUAAUUUUGCCAACCAAGAAAGGCCCCCAUAUCAAGGUUCCUAUCAAAAUCCGCCAAGCUAUUCAGAGUACAACGCAAAUGCUACUCCUGCUCCAUCUUAUCCUAGCAACCAGCCAUCGCAGCAAUAUCCUAAUCAAUCAUAUGCUCCUCCAUAUGAUAAUAAUGCUUCGUACGGCCCCAAUCCAAAUCCAGGCACUACCUUUAACAAUAAUCCUCCUGCAAGCAGCUCUCCAUAUGGGUCUAAUCCUCCAACAGCAAGCACUUCAUAUGGACCUAAUCCUCCGCCAACGAAUCCACCGUAUGGGAGCACUUCACAGCCACCCUAUAAUCAAUACCAAAAUUACCCACCGAACUACCCGGGAUACCCGAAUAACAUGCCGCCUAAUCAAUCUCCUGGUGACAAUAUGUCAGCUGGCCAGUCAAAUCAACAACCGUUGAAAACGGAACCUGUUGAUCCGAACUAUCCAGCAAUUGAAAUAAAGUCUGAACCUUGCGCAACGCCUAACACUGCACCGCCGUAUAGUAAUUCUGGAUAUAACUAUAAUCAGCAAAAUACUUCCGCUUAUCCCAAUCAGCCUCAAAGCAGCGGUAAUAUUAAUUACCCUAAUCAAUACCCAGCGGGUACAUAUCCGUCGAACAUUCCUCCUCAUCUCGAGACGAAGCCACCACUUGACAGCGCCGGCUCUGGUAGCCCUGUAACCGCAUGGCCUAUGACAGAAACUCUCAAAACUGAGGUCUCCAAACUUAAGGCUGAAGAGAAAAUGGAAGUAAAAUCUGAGUCUGACGGCGAAGUUAAAAUCGAAGAUUUGGAUACAAAGAAAAUUAUCAAAAAUAAGGAUGACUUGAAACCAGAAGUUUCCAUGACUAAACUGAAUGAACAAAAGAUGGAGGAUGUCAAAGAUUGUAUGGAGAAGAAAUGCGGUAAUGAGUAUAAAACAAAAAGUAAUGAGUCUGAGUCAGAAGAAGAGAUUCCUAAACGAGGUCGACCACGGGGACGGCCGCCUAAAGAUGGCAAGACCAAAGAGAAGUCAAAAGCUAAGAGUAAACCGAAACCUCGAGGCAGGAAAGAUAGGAAAACUUCCAAAGACAAGAAUAAUGACGAUAAAAAUGACUCUGAUUCUGAAGAGAGCGAAAAAGAGGAGAAACCUAAUCGAGAGGAAGAACUAGCGCUCGCUAAGAAAGCGGAAGAAAUGACUUACGAUUGGGCAACUGAAUUAUUAAAAGACUAUGUACCCGGCAUUAUAGAAAAUUCCGCUAAAAUGGAAUUGUUCUUUUACAUUUUGAAUGAAAGCAUUAAACUUGGAGACAGAUUACUGCUUUUUAGUCAGAGCUUGUUUACUUUGAAUCUCAUCGAAGAUUUUUUGGAAAAGAACUAUAUCCCGGGUACGAAUUGUCUAUGGGAGAGGAAUACUAAUUACUAUCGACUGGAUGGAUCAACACACGCGUUGGAACGUGAGAAAUUAAUAAAUGAAUUCAAUGCGAAUCCUAAUAUUUAUUUGUUUCUGGUGUCGACUCGAGCAGGCUCUCUGGGUAUAAACCUCGUUGGUGCCAACAGAGUGAUUGUGUUUGACGCAAGCUGGAACCCUUGUCACGAUACGCAGGCCGUGUGUCGAGUUUAUCGAUAUGGUCAAAAGAAGGCAUGCUUCGUGUAUCGUUUCGUAAUGGACUGCUGCCUCGAGAAGAAGAUCUAUGAUCGGCAGAUCAAUAAACAAGGCAUGGCUGACCGGGUCGUCGACGAGUGCAACCCUGACGCUGUGCUCUCGAUGAAGGAGAUCACUAAUCUCUGCUUUGAUAAUGAUGAAAAGGAAACCGAACCAAAGGACCUAUCGGAGCACAAGGACAGAUACAUUGACGUAUUGAUGCAAGGGAUCCUCACGCAACAUGGGACGCUGUUGACCAAAGAGCCGUUCCAACACGAGUCGCUGUUGGUCGAUAGGAAAGAGAAGAAGUUGUCUAGUGCCGAGAAAAGACUUGCACAGAGAGGAUACGAACUGGAGAAGAAAGCAGCAUCAGCACCAAAACCGACUACAGCGUACCGUACAGUUCGCGCCGCAGACGGUAGCCUAGUUCAGCGGCCUGUAGCCUCCGUGCGUCCCAUGCAACACGGGGCGCGAUGGAUACCUGCUGACGUGUGGCGCCGACAGGGCAUGACUGCACAGGAAAUGACAUUGCCACUUGAUGUUGUAAUACCAACCAAUUCUGCGGAGAAGACCAAUAUCGUAUUGAAGGCAGGUCAACGAGUCAUGGUACUCAAAUCUCCCAAAGGAAUAUACAUGCAGCUGGAGUCUGGAAAGAUUAUCGCCAUCAAGACUUCAUUCAAGGGCUUAGCUGGCAAGGGGGAAAAUAAAGAUAGUCCCGUAGGCAAGAAAGUUCUAGGUAACCGUCCUUCAGCAGCUAAUAUUCCCGGAUCUUUGAAGAACAACUCUGCAAUUACAAUAACAUCUAAGACCGCACCGCGACCAGGAUUCCAAAGGGUGUUAACUAGACCAGCGAUGAUAGGACAAAACAAGAUGAGACCAAUGCUUCCGGGUCAAAAAAUGUCUGAAAUACGUAAUCGUUUGGGAGAAAUGAGAUCUUAUUCCAGUAUGCGACCUAGGAUUCAUGGACCUCCAGGAAAAUUGCUGCGGCCAAAUUUACCGGGAUCUGUCAGUAUAACUAAAAUUACUAAGAAGACUGAAGAUAAAAAUCAUGCGAAGAGGAUGGAUUUGGAAGAUGAUGAACCCCAAUUACUUGACAGUGAUGACGAGGACGCAAGUAAAAAUAGACCGUCUAAUGGGCAACCGAACUUAAUUGAAAAUUACAAAGAUGACAGUAAUUCUCAAGAAACAAAGUCUUCCAUGAGCACAGAUAUAAGUAAAAAUGUGAAUAAACAAUCUAUAGAGUCCGCAGCUCUGGUCCUUACAACUGAUGAGAAGCUGCCAUCGGAAGAAGCUUUAGAUAAUAAGAGUAAAGAAGCAAAUUCUUCAGACAUACCAUCCAGACUGAGAAAUAAAUUGCAAGCAUCAAAUUCUGAUAAUGCAACAGAAAGACAUCCUUAUGACAAUGAUAUCAUGAGUAGAGUGCAAACAAAUGAACAGGAUUUUGGUUUAAGAAAGCAAUUCCUUGACAACGAUCCUGUUCAACAAAGCGAAAAGAAAAUAAAUCUGUUAAAGAAUUACAGGCAUCAACGUCCUGGUGCUCGACAACCGACUGAGUCAAGUUUGAGUCAAUUAGAAAGAACGACGAUUGCAUUGAACAAAGAAGGUUUGCCGGAUUUUCGCAAGAAUUUAGAUGACAUCACGCAGUCCUAUUCGCCUGGGCCUGACGAAAAACCUGGAGCUAAAUCAAAGAAGAAAAAGUCGCCAAAUAAAGCCGAAACAUCUGAAUCUCCAAACGCGAUGAAUCAAAAUGAUAGGCCGGCUCCUAAUCCGAUCAUGACACAUAGCGUAUCUAGUCUUUUAGGCAGUGGAAGUAAAAUGAUUGAUAAAUCUUCUUCACACAAUACAGCUCCGGUUGCUCCAGUUGGAUCAAGUCCAGUUCACAGGGCCAUGAGUACGAGUAUGCCUCAUGACCUGAGUGCAAUGUCUCGUCCUCCGGGUCACAUGGGUCUAAGUAAGCCACAACCGAUGGUUCCACACGUUAUGGGCACUCCUGUACCUGAGAUAGGGAAACCGCUGGCACCUAGUGCCUCAAAUACAAUUCCAAUGAACCCCUUGGCUCCCGGUCAAGCCUACCCUGCCGCUAACCCGUCAUUGGAAGCAGGUUACGGUCAAUAUACAGGAUACGGGAUGGGCUACGGAGCGUACCCGAACGCGCCGUCGUACUACGGGGGCUACGGCGGCGCGUACUACCCGCCGUACGGCGCACCCCCCGCGCCCGCCUCCUUCCCCGCCGCGGCGCCCGCGCCCGCGCCCGCGCCCACGCCCGCGCCCGCGCCCGCGCCCGAAGGCUACUUGCCUCCCAACCCGCAGUGGUAACUCACCAGUGACGACUAAAUUUGUAUCAUAGUGUGACUGAUUUUUAGAUGAUCUUUUGUUCUACUGACGACUUUCAGUGAGUGAUUCGGGACUAUUUGAAUAUUUCCAUUAAGUGGGACU